AUGUCUGAACUGAAUAGCAACCUCGUCAAGAGGGGUGUCUGGACCAAUCUCGACCAUGGAUCAGUGAUGGGGCAAGUGAUCACAACAGACACAAGGACGGGCAUUCUUGUCAUUGCGAUACUGGCAGUUCUGUCAUCUAUGGGCACUGCGCAUCUAUGGCAUUUAAUCACCUUCGCAUUUCAUCAAUGGCGGGCGAAUGGUCGAGAAACUGAUGGUCUCCAUCGACAGCAGCAAGCUCUACUCCGCACACUGCCAACACCGACUUCAUUGAUAGCGGAUACUACAAAGCUAUGGUGGUCAUGGAGAACACGCACUGAAAAGGCUACUGUUGCCACCCUAGCGACAAUCCUGCUCGCACUGGUCUGCGCACUUGGAUCCUUCGUAGCCAGUAUAUCUUCAUCCUACGUUGUGACAAGCUCGGACCUGAAUGUACUUGUCAAGAGUCCUUCAUGUGGUCCUCUUAACCUGACAGAACCUAAAUGGGAGUCAAGCUAUAUUUCAUCGGUGAACUCAGUCUCUGAGUCAUAUGCGCGAGAGUGUUACGGGAAUGGGAAGUCGAGUUCCGCUCGAUGUAGUGUAUUUGUUCGUCCCCAAAUACCUCUGAAGCGAGAAGAUUCGGCGUGCCCGUUCGCCUCCGACAUUUGUGCAUCCCGCAGUCCAACAUCGACACCUGCCAUUACAUUCGACUCAGGGCUUGUAGAUCUGAAUCAAUUUGGUAUGAACUUGCCGAAGAGUGAUCGAGUUGCCUAUCGUCGAAGGACUACAUGUGGGCUUCUUCCUCUAGAUAAUCGGACAUCAGUCGUCGAGGCGAACGACCUAGCCCCGGGUGUUAUGUGGGACAUUACCAGCCAAGAACCGCUUCCGGGAGAACAGUUGCUCAUGAUACAUUAUGGCACAAGGUCGUUCUUAUCUGACUGGAAGAACACCUCAGGCAUUGUAAGCUUUGCCCGAGCCAAUCGGACGUACGUUUAUGGUUUGACCGGCUGGACACACUACUCGAACGCGGCGCGCAAAGAGAAUGGUAACUUUUUCGAACCUAUUCAAGAGAUGGAGCGUGACGAUGCCGAUGUUGCUUUGAUUUACGUCACGAUGAAUUCUAUUACAUACAGGCAGCCCAUAGACGACCUCAUGUUCUCUGCUCAUCGAAAAAUCCAACGGGACUCGCCUCAAAAGUACACCAAGGGUACAUUUUAUGUCGCAGACCAGCCGAUGUCGGUAGUAGGUUGUGACGUUUGUACGGAACUGGGAAGUCUUCCCAACAAUCUGACCGCGAAAGAAUUCCCCCAAGCUUCCGCCGUUCAAUUGUCAGCUCUCGAUCUUCUAGUCAGUGCAAGUUAUCUUACGCCCAUAUCCAACAGUGCCAUUUUGAAUGCCACUACAAGACUGUCACCUGGUGGUCACGAAAUGCACUCCAGGCUACCCGACGACCAAUGGACAAUUGAAGUCAAAGGCUGGAUGUCAUAUGUCUUUGCUUCCAUCCAAGUGAUUGUUACUGAUUAUGCAAUUGGUGCCAUUGUUCGUGAUCCGCAGGCCCAGGAAUAUCAUCUUCAGCCUCGAACACAGGGCGAGAAAGCGCUCUGUGGGCUAGUAAUGAUGAGAAAGGAUGGUGGCUUUUUGAAACAUCCGCUAACGAUUCCAAGGAACAUCAGCGUAUUUGGCCUUGUAUUCAUUGUCACUUUAUCGUGUUUCAUUGUGUUCGUGGACAUGCUCUUACUAAAAUUCCUGAUCUACCUCAGCAAUUUUAGAAAGGCUCUGGCCCCGCGAAUAGAUCGGUGGAUCCAGGAUGGUGUCUUGCAGCUCCAGAGACGUGCAUAUGAAGCUCGUGGGGAGGGUACUUGGACACAGUUGAACAAGGACGUCCCGCUCACUGGUGCCAACGAGAAAUUAUCGGAUCUCCCAGUCGAGUCACUUCCGUCACCGUCAUCAAUAAGUGAGAAAGAAUACGAGUUUAAACUCAGGAAAGCAGAAACAGAGAGAACUUUCAUCAAUAGCCCGCCAUCUUCACCUAUCUCGCCAUCGGUCUCGAAAGAGAUGGUGUUCUCCAAAGACAAGAUAUCCUCAAUGGAAGAGAAGGUCCGGUCCGAAUCUUUGGAAACAUGA